CACCAAUGUACCGCCCAUACUCGGCCUGUUCACGGCACGGCCGUGUGAACACGUGGGGCUGAUGGUCUUUGUGCCUGUGCCGGGCGAGGCCUUGGCCCGGGAUUUCCUGAAAUUAGAAGCCCGCAAGGAGGAUUUGGAGGAAAAAAGAUGGAAAUUCAUGGAAGAGAUGCAGAACCGCCACACUGUGGAUCAGCACCGCAGGGCGGCCUCCUUGAGCGUUCUGGAGAAACGGAUCCGCUCGGAGGAGAAACAGCACAGCCUGUUGAAGGAGAGAAACGUGGUGAUUCGACAACAGGCAGCUUCAUUGAGCAAUCCAAUCAACAGUGAGGUGAUGCUCCGCAUCCGCGCCUACCGGGAACGCUUCGCUUUGGAUGCCGAGCGACAGUCACUGGAUUGGCAUCGCCACAUCGAAACCCAACUGCGGGAGGAGAUCGAGAACUGCCGGCGCGACGCCCAACACUGCCGCAUGCGGCAAGGGGAAGCCAUCGAGGUGGCGAUGCAGCAGGAGAAGCUCAUGGCGGAGCUUGCAGAAGCUCAAAGCCAAGCGCAGGAGGAGCGAGCCAGGCUGUAUGAAGAUGUGAAGAUGCAACAGGAUCGACUGCGGCAGAGGCUUUGGGAACAGCGCCAUCUCAUGGACGAUCGCGUGAAGGCGUUGACAUCGCCACCACAAGUGCCACGUGAAGCAAAUGCUUGUAGCCAGACCCUGGCGCCACAGGAGGUCAUGCCACACCUCUCUGCGACGGCUCUGCCAGAGUUGCCAGGAGCGCAAGGAGCUCGAGCUGAACGCACCCUAACGCGGGCACCGCCACCAGCAGCCCAACGAACGCUCAAGAAGACCAGCGACGGAGGUUACGUGCCCAAAGAAGGCACACGUCAAGCAGAGGUCUACCACCGGCUCUUGAGGACGGAGGCUGAGAUGGCAGCCGAGCUUCGGUUGAUGGAGGAUCGUUUGGUGCUGCGAUGCCAAUGUGGCUUCGUAGGGACUCCCCCGGGGCCUCCCAAUGGGCUUUGUGAGACCUGUGGGAACCUGCUGGAAGUGCUCCGCGUGCCUCCCAAGAUCGCGCAAGGCCCAAUCUUCCAGUCAGCGAAGCAGACGUUGCCGAUGCACUCCACGAUGUCGGCGAAGGUCUUCAGUACUCCAGUGCCACCACCGAGCUUCACAGUGCGAGGUGGACUCAGCACCGAAGGCAUCAAAGGCUCCGUGCCGCGUGCAGAGGUGGUGACCCAGCCGUGUCAGGCCGGCCCUCCGGUCCUACCCGACGAGCCAAUGGACUUGGCGAAAGCCCAUGCCAUGGCUCUUCGGAGCUUAGAACGCCUGGCUGCUCGGCGGGAGAUGAAUGCAAAGGAGGGCGAAGCUGGGGACCAGACUUGUGAGUCUGGUCAUUCUCCCACUCGGGUCGAGGCUGUGGUGGAGGAAGCUGCAGCACCAUCCAUCAGGUCGAGCGAUCAGCUCGAUGCGUUUCCUGGAGCUCAACGAGCUGCCGGAGCCGAAGGCGAAGCCGAAGGCUCUGUGGGCAGAUGGGAAGGGCUUGAAGCGCAGGAGCUCAGUGGAGAUGGCUUGCUGGGUGGUUUAGACAUCUUGACAACUCCGGUGGCGCCACUUCAGACGUUUUCGCUGGGCCACAGCGGCCACAGCGGCCACGGCAGCGCUCGUGGCCCGCCCCGGGAUCCUUUGCGCCACAUCAGCGACGAUGCGCGGGAGUGGUAUGGUGGCAGCAGUGGUAGUGCCACUCCAAAGCCAGAUCUCUCGACCAAGCUCGAGAAAGAGGCCGACACGUCAAGCGCAGAGGAGGUUCCGUUUGUGGAACGUUCGCCGUCCAAGCUCGAGGACGAGGCCUCUGCACCGGCUGUGCUGGCUGCACCAGCUGCACUGGCUACGCCUGGUCAACCUCUGGCAGCGACAGUUGCGCAAGCUGUUUCAGCACGAGCAUGUGAGGGCAAGAGCCCCUCCUUCACACACUCGCCACACACGGGCUCUGAAAUCAGGCCUCGUGAAACUCAAGUGGAUUUGACCGACUCCAAGCAGAUGCAGGCAGCUCCACAAGAAGAGGCCAAGCUGCCCACGCUCGCUCUUUCCGUGGCCGAAACCUCUCCGGUGCCCGAAACGCCGCUCGUUCCAGAUCCACUUCGAGAGGCCGAGGCAACGCCUGCCAAGCCUAAAAAUUUAGCUGCCAAGGAGGACAUGCGGCCUUCCGAUCCAAUCGCUCAGGCUGGCAGCCCAGAUGGGAGCUUUACCUUUGGUGUAGGCAGCAGCCCUCCAGAGGUGCCCAACUCCCAACCGCCAGCUGAGAAGGUGGUUCAGGACGAGGCCAGUGCCUUGCCUCUCCGACCCGUCCAACCUCCGCCUGCGGCAACCUCGACGGCGACCUCGAUGGCUUCAGAGGGGCAACCUUCCAACGAGAAGCCAGUGAGCCAGGAACUGCCACCUGUAGGCACGCAGAGUAGUGCUCAAAAGGACCUGAAAAUGAUGAGUGAUUUGGGGCUGGAAGAAGGCUCUGAGGAUCCCUCUCCACAGGAUGCGAAGGACAAGGAGGAGAGUCCAAGCAGUCCUUCACUGGGACCUGUGGCCUUGUCAAUUGGAAAGCAGGUGCCGAAGCGGAGCAAUCCAUUGGCACGGAGCCGAGGUAGCGGCCUCUUUCAGGCUGGUGGUGACUUCGACGGGCCUGGCCUAUCUCGAGGUUUGGGUGGCCUCAGCCAGGUCUCUUCUUUGUCCAAGACGAAAGCCAAGCCAAAGUCUUCAUCGCUCUUCGGGGGGCCGAUCGAUUGGAAUCAGAAGGAAGACUUUCGCUGAGCAAAA